GGGAUUGACUUGCGAAGAGCACCAAAGAGAGCCCUUCUGUCUUUGUCUCGCACUCAUGAUCUCUCUUCUGCCUGGCCUGAGGAAACAAUCAGCCAUCUAGCACCGUGUACCAAGGCUGCUGAGCCAAGCCCAGCCAUCUCCAGCUCUUUCACAGGAUCCCCCGACCUCAGCACACUCUCCUGCCCUGCUUCAGCUUUCUGUGGGCCCCCUCGACCCCCCCUUCCCCCUCCCCGCGAACACUGGCACAGCAGCACUUUAGGACUGCUAGUCAUGAGUGAAUUCUGGUUGUGCUUCAACUGCUGUAUCGCCGAGCAGCCGCAGCCGAAGCGGCGGAGGCGUAUUGACCGGAGUAUGAUUGGCGAGCCCACAAACUUUGUCCACACGGCCCACGUGGGCUCUGGAGAUCUGUUCAGUGGCAUGGACUCUGUGAACUCAAUUCAGAACCAAAUGCAGUCGAAAGGUGGAUAUGGAGGAGAAGCCAUGCCCAUCAAUGUGCAAAUGCAGCUGGUGGACACAAAAGCAGGAUAAUAUGUAACUUGGAGAGCAGGCCUCUCAUAGAUCAACAUCCUGAUUCUGAAGAUGCCUGCCUCCGGUGGCCUCCAUCCACCUGUCUUCAGUGACUACUCCCAGCCUCCCCCUGUUCUCACCCAGCAAACACAUGGACAGUCAUGCACUCCAUGGGAAUGAGGAUGCCCUGCCUGCGGCCGCCGGUCUGCUGGACCAAAGCAGUGCUUCAGUGUCAUCUCCACCCCAAUAACGGACGCUUACUCGCUCGCAUGCUCCCUCAUCGCCGUCCCGUCUGCCUAGCAGUGCAAAGUGUAACCUCGCUUUCUUUGUCUGUGGUUUGCCGUGAACAGCUAAUUUCUGAGCACUCUAUUUGAAGGUCUGGAACCUACAAGUACAAACUGUUUAUUUUUUCUUUUGUUUUGUUUCGAUUUUUUUUUCUUCACAGACAGACAGACUUUGAGUUCGAAGACUGGCGCCAAGCCGCCAACGAUGUUUGUAUAAAAAGUGGCUAGCGAUGGCCGUGUGGUGCCAAAAUGCUUGUUACAAUGGAAUGAUGGCUCUCUGCUGACAAGAAGUACCUUCUUUUAUUUGACCUAGGCACGAACGAAUGCCAUUCUGUAGGAAAUGUGAUAGUUACUUCGCUGUUUACAUCGUUUCAGUCCACAUUCCUUGUAUCUUUAUUUUUUCUUGUGAUAAUGAUAUGAUUAGACAAACAUUGACUGAUGUUGAAAUGCACAGCCGGCAUUUCGCUCAACGUUCUGCUGUAAAUGUUUUCCAUAAACUUGAUAUGAAGAUGCUCAAGCUAUAGUCGUAUGCUGUACAGUUAAUGUGGAAAAAAAGACAAUGUAGUCUAUGUCCUAAUGCUCUAUGCUGAUGUGGCGAAAAUAUUUAUAUGAUUGUGGAAUCCUGACCAUGGGGCCAAUUGACUGUCCUUGUCUACAUUAACAGUAGACUCCUAGUCUUCUAUGAAAGACAGAAAUACCUCUCAAUGCAAAUAGUGGUCUUUUGGAGUAAAUGUAUUUAGGUAAUAUCCUAGCAAUUUGAGUCAAAUGCCUGGAGGAUGGCAUUUAUACACAGAAUAAUCUACCGUCAAAUCCUGCAGACAUUGGUCAGGUUGAGAAACUUAUUUUUCUAACUUCUAUGUUUCAAGUAAUUGAAGAUAAAUUUAAUAAAAUUGCACUAAUUGCUCUGCAUUAUAAUGCAAAAAUUCUGAAAAGUCCUGCAGCUUGUUCAGCUAGAUGGCUCUAGGUGAGCCAUGCUAGGCUCUUUAAAUCUAUGAUUCUAUAGGUCAAUGAUGGAAUUCCUUUCUCAUGAUUUGCCACCUAAAUAUUGUGAUCAAUUUCAGAUAUGAGUAGUUUUCCAGCUGACAUCAUGACAGCAAAUCACAUUAUGUAAAGACCACUAAAUCAGGGUGAAUGUGUCUCAGAUUGGAACAAUGCAAUGCAAUGGCCCAUGGAAGUCAAAUAAUCACGUGUGUUUAUGGUAAAUGAGAGAAAAAGGCCAUACAGUAUAGGAACUAACAGCUAAAUGUAUGUAUUGGUCCCCGUUGUCCUUUUGUCUUUUUCUCAAGUGCUUUCUGUUUGUAUAUACUGUAUGUUUUGUGUGCCACAACCUGAUCCUAAUUUAUUUUCCCUUUUUGCAUUGUUUUUUUGGUCCAUUUUUACUGUCAUCUCUUUUAAAAUGAUUGGGUUUCUCUUAUUCUGUCUCACUAUUGUCAAAAUGAAUCAUUUUGGCAAUAUUUAUUAGUUCAGAGCUGGACGAGGAGGAACAUUUCCUGGCACUCACAUGGAGAUGUGUUCAAAAGAUCAACAGCCAGAGACCUGUGACAUCAGAAGACUGAAUAGAUUUGCUAAUUAUCAAGUUCUUGCAAUCUAGUCAUAUUUUGGCCAAAGUGGUAUCACUGACAUGCAAUACAUAACAAGGACUCGACUCUCAGCCUUUGUUCACCACAAAUGGAUUUCAUCAUCAGGGAAUUCAACAAAACCAACUGUUACUUUAGCUGUCAUGACAUAUUUUUCUACACUCCUGCUUAUGUUACUUUGCAUUCUAUCUUGGCUUGUAGAUGACCAAAUGUGUUCUGUUAAAAUAAAUAUUUUUUCCAUGUUA